UCCUGGCUCUUGGGGCCUUACAUGGAGGAUGACAGAAAAAUCCAAUGGUGUGAAAAGCUCCCCAGCCAAUAACCACAACCAUGCAGCUCCUACCAUCAAGGCCAAUGGCAAAGAUGACCGUGGCACCAGCAGCAGGCCUCAGUCUGCGGCUGAUGAUGACACCUCCUCAGAACUGCAGAGGUUGGCGGACAUGGAUGCCCCUCAGAGGGGAAGGGGUGGCUUCCGCAGGAUCGUCCGCCUGGUGGGGGUCAUCCGAGAGUGGGCCAACAAGAACUUCCGGGAAGAAGAACCGAGACCCGACUCAUUCCUCGAGCGUUUCCGUGGGCCUGAGCUCCAGACCGUGACUACCCAGCAAGGGGACGGCAAAGGCGGCGAGGACGGCGCGGGCAAGGGCACCAAGAAAAAAUUUGAACUGUUCGUUUUGGACCCGGCUGGGGACUGGUACUACCGCUGGCUCUUUGUCAUUGCCAUGCCUGUCCUCUACAACUGGUGCCUACUGGUGGCCAGAGCCUGCUUCAGUGACCUACAGCGAGGCUACUAUGUGGUGUGGCUGGUGCUGGACUACUUCUCAGAUGUGGUCUACAUCACGGACCUUUUCAUUCGGCUGCGCACAGGUUUCCUGGAGCAAGGGCUGCUGGUCAAAGACACCAAGAAGUUGCGGGACAACUACAUCCACACCCUGCAGUUCAAGCUGGACGUGGCCUCCAUCAUCCCCACCGACCUGGUCUAUUUUGCUGUGGGCAUCCACAGCCCUGAGCUGCGAUUCAACCGCCUGCUGCACUUUGCUCGCAUGUUUGAGUUCUUUGACCGAACCGAGACCCGCACCAGCUACCCCAACAUCUUCCGGAUCAGCAACCUGGUCCUGUACAUCCUGGUUAUCAUCCACUGGAAUGCCUGCAUCUACUACGCCAUCUCCAAGUCCAUCGGCUUCGGAGUGGACACGUGGGUGUACCCCAACAUCACCGACCCUGAGUACGGCUACCUGGCCAGGGAGUACAUCUACUGCCUCUACUGGUCCACGCUGACCCUCACCACUAUUGGGGAGACCCCACCCCCGGUAAAAGACGAGGAGUACCUGUUCGUCAUCUUUGACUUUCUGAUCGGUGUCCUCAUCUUUGCCACCAUUGUGGGAAAUGUGGGCUCUAUGAUCUCCAACAUGAACGCCACCAGAGCUGAGUUUCAAGCCAAGAUCGAUGCCGUCAAACACUACAUGCAGUUCCGCAAGGUGAGCAAGGAGAUGGAGGCCAAGGUCAUCCGCUGGUUUGACUACCUUUGGACCAAUAAGAAGACUGUGGAUGAGCGAGAAGUGCUCAAAAACCUGCCAGCCAAGCUCAGGGCAGAGAUAGCCAUCAACGUCCACUUGUCCACACUCAAGAAAGUGCGCAUUUUCCAGGACUGUGAGGCAGGGUUGCUGGUGGAACUGGUACUGAAGCUCCGGCCUCAGGUCUUCAGCCCUGGAGACUACAUUUGCCGAAAGGGGGACAUCGGCAAGGAGAUGUAUAUAAUCAAGGAGGGCAAGUUGGCGGUGGUGGCUGAUGACGGUGUGACUCAGUACGCCUUGCUUUCAGCAGGGAGCUGCUUUGGAGAGAUCAGCAUCCUUAACAUCAAGGGCAGCAAAAUGGGCAAUCGACGCACAGCCAAUAUCCGGAGCCUUGGCUACUCCGAUCUGUUCUGCUUAUCCAAGGACGAUCUCAUGGAAGCGGUGACCGAGUACCCUGACGCCAAGAAAGUCUUAGAGGAGAGGGGUCGGGAGAUUCUGAUGAAGGAGGGGCUGCUGGAUGAGAAUGAGGUGGCGGCAAGCAUGGAGGUCGAUGUGCAGGAGAAGCUCGAGCAGCUGGAGACCAACAUGGAGACGUUGUACACGCGCUUUGGCCGCCUGCUGGCUGAGUACACGGGGGCCCAGCAGAAGCUCAAGCAGAGGAUCACGGUUUUGGAAACCAAGAUGAAGCAGCACAAUGAAGAUGAUUACCUGUCAGAUGGGAUCACCAGCCCGGAGCCAGCCGCUGAAGAGAAACCGUAAUGGCUGGAACCCAACUACCUCUCCAGCCUUGGUCUUGACCCCAGGAUCUAGAAGAACAGUGUAGGUCUCUGUGUGUCUCUGCAUUAUCCUUACUCUCUCCUCAAAUAGUCCCUCAGUCUCUGUUCCAGCAUCCUCCCCCCACAAGUGUCGC